UUUAGCAAAAAAAUGACCAAAAUUUCACUUCGAAAAUUAGUAUCUACGAUUUCACCAAGAUUACGUUGCGGUGGAGCUCUUGCUUUCGCAAUAAUUGUUUAUAGUGCUCUACUGUAAUCUGGUUCACUUCACAAAAUUAAUGUAGUGCCACUGUGCACUGUGCAGCACUGCAGUACAUAAUUAUUUAUAUCAUUUUCAGCAUUAUGGCAGCUGUCUGCAUACUGCAUAGGGAUGCACUUGUACUGGCGGUACUGCUGUACGAAAACUAUAACUGCAAUCGUGUGCAUUUGCUAGAUUUCCGUUUUUACGAAGCGUUCAACUCAAGUUAUGAAAAGAAUAAUUAGAAAGAUGUGUUUAGUUAUUUGAGUAUUUUUCUUCAUAUUAUAUGCGUGAAGAGAUGGAUACAGACAAAGCAAGAUAUUUCACACAAGCCGAUUCCGAGAUGGAGUCCGAAAGUCGUAUUCGAAGAGAUUUCGAGGCUUAUUCAAAGCCACGAGAGCCUACGGCAUUUCAAAAGGCCUUCGGAAUCGAUCCAUAUAGUCAUCUCAUGCAUAAAUUUUCUCAGCCCAUCUGGGAAGCCGAGCUGAAUCAAAAAGAUAUGGAAAAGCGUCAAAAAAGGUUCUCAAGAGAAGGACCAGCUCAUCUUGCAGCUAUGACCUUUGAGGAUGCAGAGAAAACCGAGGCAUCAAUGUGGAACUACCAGACGUGCCCAGCAGAACAUUUUCUGGAUGCUUACUUGACGAACAGUGUAAUCUCUGCUGUUGACUACUGUCUAGGCGAGGCUGAAAAGCAAAAUAUAAUCGAAGACCAUCGUGCCUUCAAGUUGUUCUGUCCUUUAGACUUCAUUGCUGAACAUCUAUGGAUGAAUAAUACAGAACACCUUGAGCGGCGCAGCCUGGAAGUUAAACAACAGUUCAGUAUUCCUUUAUUCAAAAAUUACUUCUCGAAGAGUCCGCGAAUACAACCACCGCUCAGCUUGCGAUUAACCAUUGAUGAAGCAGCUAAAAUUAUCCAAAAGCGGUGGAAAGGAACACUGACCCGCCGACGCCCAGAAAUUCGCGCUCUACGCCGCCACAUGGCAGCCGCAAAGGUUCAGUACGGCGAUCCACAUAAACUGGUCACUGAACUCUGGGACAAAGAGUUUCAGCGCGCAGAGAACCUUAAACAUCCCGAAACACCAUGUCCGUGCCCAAAGAAGUAUCCUCCUCCGCCCACACCACCUAAACUACCGCCAUAUUUGCAACAAAUGAAAGCGCACAUUGAAAGAAAAAUCCUCGAGGCAUCGCAGAAGCACGAGAAUGUGUUGGAAUCAUCAAUCGCACGGAACAGUGACAUCUCUUCCGAAAGUGAUGACGCCUGCGAGCCACUUCCGGUCAUCAACGGGAAACCAGCUGAUCCAGUCCAAAGCGGUGACAAAGCCGGCUCUUUCAGUGCAGACGGUGCGCUUCCGAACGAUGCGUUCAGAAAAUCGCAAGCCUCGGAGGGUGGAUCAGAAAGUUUAGCCCAAAAUCCAGCAUCAACUACCAAUAGCCAAACGAAGAAGCAUCAUAGUUUAACACAUCCAGAUCCAAAAGACAGCAAGGAAGAACCACCUACGUUGGAUGGUGCCAAGAAAAAGCAAGGAAAAGGUGUCAAGCCAAACAAAUAAAAUUCUGGAUGAUACAAACACUACAAGCCUGCAACCGACUGUAGCUUUUUUGUAAUAAUUGAGCUGACUGCAAGUUUUUUGUACUUAUUGAAUUAUUUUUCUAUAGUAUUGCAACGGCAACUUCUAAGCUGCCACUAGUGGAGUGGGUUAAUUCACCCGUACCACGAUAAAACGAG